CUCAGGAUGGGAGGCAGUCGCUGAUUGGCCGAGGCCGCCCAGACUUUCAAUGAUUUGUCAACUUCCACCAACCCAGUUCCUCCUCUCUGAGUGAGUGUUUACACCUGAAAUACACCAUGGUUCAUGACGGGAAUAAGGACGAAGCCGAGAAAUGCUUCAAUUUAGCACAGAAAUACUUUAAAGAGGGCAACAGAGAAAAGGCGGCACGGUUCGCACAAAAGGCAGAGAAGCUGUACCCGUCCCAGAAGUCCCAAGAAUUCUUGGACCUUCUGAACCGAUUAAGUGGAACAACAAGCCACACUCCUCACAGCAAUGGAACAGCAGGUGGGGAGGGGGAUGGUGGGGGUGGUGGAGGAGGUCGAAGUGGAGGUGAGAAUGUGCGGCAGAGGAGAAGUGCAGCGUCUGGUGAGGAGAGAACCAGCAGCUCACAGUCUUCUGCCACUUCAGGAGACUAUACAAAGGAGCAAGUGGAUGCUGUCAAGAAGAUCAUGAGAUGUAAGGAUUACUACGAGAUCUUGGGAGUUAGUAAGGACGUAACGGAUAGUGAUCUCAAGAAGGCGUAUAGGAAACUGGCACUCCAGUUUCAUCCUGAUAAGAAUAAGGCACCUGGUGCAGGGGAAGCAUUCAAAGCUGUUGGUAAUGCCUUUGCUGUGCUCAGUGAUGCAGAGAAAAAGAAGCAGUAUGACCUUUAUGGGCCAGAGGAAGCAAGUAGCCCAAGUCACCACAGAAAUUCAUACAGCCAUCAUGACUUCACUCGUGGUUAUGAGAGUGACAUGACAGCUGAGGAACUCUUCAACAUGUUCUUUGGUGGCGGCUAUCCUGGAGGGAAUGUGUAUGUUCGUCGUGGUGGGCGGUGGGAGCGGGCUGGGGCUGGUCAUGGAAGAGACCACCAUGGACAGGCAGGCCACAACCACCAGGCAGCCCAUGCAGAGCAGUCCAAUGUGUCUGUGUUCCUGCAGCUGAUGCCGCUUCUUCUCAUCCUACUGCUGUCCCUCGCAUCUUCCCUCCUCUCCUCCGACCCUACGUACUCCCUCUCGCCAACCAGCAAAUACAGUGUUCAGCGAAGCACUUCCAACUUGGGUGUGUCCUACUAUGUGAAGCAAGAUUUUUCUACUGAUUAUCAAGGAAGUAUUCGACGAUUAGAACAACAUGUAGAAGAAGAUUUUGUAUCCACUCUCAGGAAUGCUUGCUUUAAGGAGAAGAAUUAUAAAGAGAAUAUGAUAUGGAGAGCUCGGUCAUUUGGUGAUGCACAGAUGUUCAAGAGAGCCCAGGAACUCCGAACUCCAUCGUGUGACUCGCUUCAGAGUUUGUAUAAUUAAAGGCAUAGAUCAUAGAAUCAAUUAAGGAAAAGUUGAAACAUCACUGCAGCAUAGGCCAGUUGACUGAACUAAAUUAUAGUAAGUGGUCAGUAUGUAUAUUUUGAAAUGUGAGUAGUAAAGUAAUUUUUUUAAACAUUUAAAGAUGCACAUGAUAGAUUUACUUAAUCUUACUCUUUACUUCAGAUAACUUUUACUUUACCUAUAGUUGUUGGUAAUUAUUAUAGCUUCUGGCCCUUGCUUAAAUGCUGUAUUCUGUAUAUUUAUAUUUCAGAUCUAUUUAUGAUUAUGUUAGACUUUGUUGUUAUUUCAUGCCCUGUUUGUGUAAUGUGACUCUUUUCAUGGAUCAUUUUGUCAUUAUUCUGAAAACAUUUAAUUUAAAUUGAAUGCAUUAUGUAUACAUAUAUAUAAAGCUUUGCAAUAUUCAUCUUGAAAUUUAAAAUAAAGUAAUCAGGACAUACUUUCUUUUAGUCAAUUCAUAAGAUUUCCCCUUGUUGCCUAAAAGAAUGAUGUUCCUAAUCAUGGAUAUACUCAACAUGUGUGCAAAGCUUCUUUCUUCACAUGUACAUACAUACAUACAUACAUGCCUUCACAGCAAAUCAUUAGGUGGCCAGCUGAAGCUUUAUGAGGCCUAUUUUUUUCUUGUAACAUUUUUUCCUAUCUAUUACUAUGACUGAACUAAGUUGUGGUGAAAUUAUGGAUGCAGCUGAAUAUUUUCCUCCACAUACUUUCAGACUUUCUCUAAAUAAUUUUAUGACCAUGGAGAACAGAGAGAUUAAAGAAGUCAAUGAGUAAAGUGUAUGAGUGUGAGGUAAAUAGAUGAAGACAUUUGUGAGAAUUUAGGAGUGUUGUGUGUGUGUGUUCUUGUGUAUGUGUUCGUGUCCCUAUGUUUGUACAUGUUUGCGCGCUCUCUCUCUCUCUCUCUCUCUCUCUCUCUCUCUCUCUCUCUCUCUCUCUCUCUCUCUCUCUCUCUCUCUCUCUCUCUCUCUCUCUCUCUCUCUCUCUCUCUCUCUCUCUCUCUCUCUCUCUAACAAACAUAAGUACACAAAGUUUGGCACAUUUGUAAGGAAUGUGCUGGAAACACAUGUUCAGAAUUUUCUGAGGUGUUAUCGUAAUGAAAGAUUUCAUCGUUUCAUUAUAUCAUUUCCAUAUUGCAUAACUGAAACAUGUUUGUUGAUUGAAAAUUAGUCGUAACUGUGUGGCCCUCACCAUGCAAGUGUGUAUCACUUUUUACAUAACACUUAAUAUUGCAAAAAUUACUUAUAAACAAAGUAAUCAUAUAAAAAAAGUUAAAUUAAUCUUGGUUAGUAUUCUCAUAACCAAUGGUUUCAAAUCCAUUGUGCUGUAGUGCUGACUAAGAGUACUGUAGGUCAUUAGAAACUUUGUAAGACAUAAUUAUUGCAGGGAAACAAAGAAGUAAUAUAUACAUGCCCUAUAGUUUUGUGAUACAUACUUAGUUUUAAUAAACAUGUGAUAUAUUGCACUAGGUCUCUUGUGCAGAUUUGGAAAAUUGUCAGUAAAGCUUAAGUUGUACAUAUAAAAGCUCAUGGAUCAACAUCAUUAACAAGCAGAAUGGUUGCACUUUAUUUAGUAAGUAUUUUCUGUUAACUAUUAAAUGACUACUGUAGUUUUGGAAAUCAAAGACAAAAGCCAAGUGCUGAGUAAAGGAUAGGUAGAUCUUUGGAAAUCUUACUAAGAUUUUAGAGAGAAAGGUUCUUGCAGUCUUCAGUCAUAGACUUUUCUUGAAACUGCUUUUUUGUAACCACUUUGGUUAUGAAUUUUACUAUUUUUAAACUGAAUAAUAGAAGAAUAGGUAGUUUGCAGUAAAUGAGAAAUAACUUGUCAUUGAAGCUUAAGGCCUUUGAGUGGUAUAUUUUUAUUAACUACUCUCUGUCAUCAUAAUCACUUAUACAAAGGAGAACUGCUGUGAAUUUUCUCAUAGUCAGUGAUGGUAUAUGGCCAGCAGUUGAGGGCAUUUUUUAAAGAAUAAAACAUUACUUAGUGGAAAAUAAAGUGAUAUCAAGAUGCUCCUUGUCAUGAGCCACUCAGUCUUAUAGUUUAAAAUUGCAGAGUUUACCUACUUCAAAGACAUUCUCAUUUUACUAAAUACUAUAUCCCUGCCUCGCAAGGUCAACCUUUUUUACCUCUAAAUGAAUUCAUAAUUUACUCUUGCUUUGGUAUGUUGUACUUCACCUUGUUCCAAGUUAUUAAUACUUCAUGUUUGAUUGAAGUCUAAUACAUAUACGAUUCUUUGAAUGCUUUCAUGAUAAAAAAAUUAAUAGUUUCUUUCUUGUGUCAACAGAUAUGAUGAGUAGGAAGUGUUAAGUCACUUUGUUAAAAAGACAUGCAAUGCUAAAUUGCAAAUUAUUUUGUUGAAAUAUUAUGGGAUAUUUAUGAAUAUACAUAUAUAGAAAUUGGUUAAGCUUUUUCUUUAUUGUAUUUUUAUGUAAUAAAGUUAUUAACAGGUU